GCUCUUCUUUCUGCCUCUCUAGCUGUUGUUAAGCCCUCCUCUUGCCAUUUUCUUCUUCCCCUUCUUUCUCAGGUAACAUUUCAAACAAUGGAGGAUAACCAACCAACCAGUCACCAGCCUGAACAACAAUCGCCAUCUUCUGUAAACUGCUCUGAAGUGUUACCUACUCAGAAUGGCUUGGAGAAACAAAGUGAAGAAUCAACUCCUGUGUCUCCAUCCCCUGAGAAUGCAGCACAUUCUCUGCCUGAAAUAAAGCUCUGUGAUAUAUCUGAGGAGCUGAGCCGACAGCUGGAGGACAUUAUUAAAACCUAUGGGUCAGCUGCCAGUCUGAUGGAGGAAAGAAAUACUAAAGGACCAGACAAACCUGAGAAGGGAGAAUCAUUUAAUAAUGAUGACGGAGAAUAUGAAGAUGCCCAUGAUGAGGCCGAGAAGGACCAGGCAGCUUCUGGGGAUGCCUCUGGAUCAAAAGAAUCUAGUAUUCACAAGGAGCAGAAACUAGAAAAGAAAAUGCUGAAGGGACUAGGGAAAGAAGCUACCCUGCUGAUGCAACAUUUGAAUAAGCUGAAUACACCAGAAGAGAAGCUGGACAUUUUAUUUAAGAAGUAUGCUGAGCUGUUGGAAGAACAUCGUACUGAACAGAAAAAGCUAAAAUAUCUGCAGAAGAAGCAGGCACAGCUUAUAAAAGAAAAAGACCAGUUGCAAAGUGAACAUAGCAAAGCCAUCCUUGCCCGGAGCAAACUGGAGAGUCUCUGCAGGGAGCUCCAAAGACACAACAAAACCUUGAAGGAAGAGACUCUUCAAAGAGCAAGGGAGGAAGAGGAGAAAAGGAAGGAGAUCACCAAUCACUUCCAAGGCACACUGAAUGAUAUCCAAGCACAGAUUGAGCAGCAAAGUGAGCGAAACAUGAAGCUGUGCCAGGAAAACACAGAGCUGGCAGAGAAAUUGAAAAGCAUCAUAGAUCAGUAUGAAGUAAGAGAGGAGCACCUUGAUAAGAUAUUUAAGCACCGAGAGCUUCAGCAGAAACUAGUGGAUGCCAAACUGGAACAGUCACAGGAAAUGAUGAAAGAAGCAGAGGAGCGACAUCAGCGAGAGAAGGAAUAUCUACUCAACCAAGCUGCAGAGUGGAAGCUCCAGGCAAAAAUGCUGAAGGAACAGGAAACGGUUCUUCAAGCCCAGCUUACUCUCUAUUCUGAACGGUUUGAGGAAUUUCAGAAAACUCUGACAAAAAGCAAUGAAGUGUUUGCCAGCUUCAAGCAGGAGAUGGAUAAAAUGACAAAGAAGAUGAAAAAGUUGGAAAAGGACACAGCUACAUGGAAAGCAAGGUUUGAGAACUGCAAUAAAGCUUUAUUGGACAUGAUUGAAGAGAAAUCCAUGAGGGCCAAAGAAUAUGAGUGCUUUGUGGCAAAAAUUCAAAGGCUAGAGAACCUUUGUAGAGCACUGCAAGAGGAAAGGAAUGUAUUGUACAAAAAAAUAAAAGAAGCACAGUUCCCUAGGGAGACAAGGGAUGAAGAAGAUGAGGAAGAAGACCAGACCAUACAGGAGGAGGACAGCCUAGGAAAUGAGGCCAGUUCAAGGUCUUCUGUUACAGGCCAGGCUGAUGAGAUGUCAGUUGCUAAUGAGAUUGUCCUGAAGGAUUUGGCUGUUGUUACUGAAAAUGUCCUGACAGAUCUGACUACAGCUUUCAUGGUGACCCAUCACAUGGAAACGCCCCUCAUGGCCACCAACCAAGAAGCCAGUGAAGAAUCACAUGACCUACAAGCAUGCAACUCUUUCUGUUUCUCAGAGCCAGUGUUACCAUCUCCCUUACACCAAGACACAGGAAGUCUUUCUGUGGAACCGACAGCAUCCCCAAACAAAGUUGAGCAACAAGGAGGAAAAACUGAAGAGCAACCUAUUCAAAGCCAUCCAGAGUUUCAGUUGCUUGAUGCAGACAUGGAAGGAGUUGAUUAGUGUAACUUUCAUUUUAUCCUGGAAUUAUUUCUACAAAAGAAAGUAUGGGGCUGGAAAACAUUUAGAGGUUUGUUCUUCAAGACCAUGAGCUUCAUUUUGCCAAUAUGUCAUCAAUUUGCAUUAGUGGUGGGCUUACAGUUUGCCUCAUCUAAUGAGGGCAAAUUGCUUUCCUGAAGUAGAACAAAAUACAGACUCUUCCCCACUCUACCAUCUGUCUUCAGCAAUGAUAAAGCAGGAAGCCCUAAAAGCUAUUGCCGUACACCAUGCUUUUAAAGAACUCCACCACAAGGUUUUGAAUAUUAGUUUGGUUUUAUGUAAGACAAUGCCAUUUUAAAUAUGAAAAGUAGUAUGUGUUUCGGUGGAAGAAAUAAAAGGGGUAAAACAAUAAUGAAGAGGCCCGAAUCAAUCAUAAAAUAAAUAGAAUGGUGUAGCAAACAAAAACUACAUGAGUAAUAUAAAAGGUACUGCCAACAUUAUCACUUCCAGCUGAGCUAUGAUGUUCAAGCCACUUUGUCCUGAGUAGAGAUGGGCACGAACCAUGUGGUUCAUGGUUCAUCAAAUUUCACGAACCACGAACUAUCACGAACCUGCCCCUGGUUUACUUGGUUUGUGAAAACAUCACAUCCAGGUCAGAAAAUCAUCUCUUCCAGGUCAGCAGACGGUCUGCAGGAAGUCCAUCCUCUGUUGCCUAGGAAACUGAUUGAUUGGCACCAGGCUGUCUGCAGUGACGAACUAAACGAACCAGCCUAAAUUUCGCGGCAGUUCAUCAGAAAUGGGAUGACGAACCAUGGUUCACGAACCAUGAACCGGCCUGGUUCGUGCUUAAUUUUGGUUCAUAUUUCUGUUCGUGCCCAUCUCUAGUCCCGAGUAGUUCCCAAGACUACAGCCACUAUCAUGUAUAGCCCUGAGAUAUUGAUAGCUCCACUAAACUCAGCAACCCCUUGUUAACAGGAAAGAAUAUUUUUCAAUAUAGGUGAGCCUUAGUUACAGAGAGUAUUAUACAAAAUAAUAAUAAUAUUGUCCAAUAAAAACUCUUUUAAUGGUAUAGGAGUAUGUGGAGCCCAAUGACUUCAGUGGACAUAGAAAGGUGUAAUUCUACUUAGGAUUGACCUGUGACAUAAAUUAUCAAUUAUAUUACCAGACAGAAUGAAGAGUUGGCUACAUUUCAAAAAAGAUUGAUUACUAUAUAGUUAUUACUGAGUCUGGAAUCCUAAGCUCAUACACAUGCAAGUUAGUUCAAUUAAAUUCAAAGGAACUUCUUUCCAAAUAAAUGUGCCCAGCACUGUAGUGUUAGAUCCAAAGUCCGAAGCCUAAUUCAUAAUUUUUUAAAUAUAUCAUAACAUGUUGAUUUGAGAAUAGUUGCAGCUUGUAAUUCUGUGUUAGCUUACCACACACAAUUGUGUGUGUUUGAAAGUAUAUUUGAUUUUCUAAAAUCUGCCAUAUCAAUCUUCCAUAUCUUUCAUGUGUUUUCUGAGGUCUACUGGUGGGCAAGAACUUGUUCAUGUUUUUCUUCAGAACCAGUGAAUGUACUCUUGAGAUCAGAAAAAACAUAUUAAAUUACUAAAAUAUAGUACUCAAUGAAUUCCAAGAUUCAGCUCCCAAUAAAUAUGAUGGAAAUCGGCAAUCCUUAGAAGUGUAGUAAUCUUUAUUUUAUUGGAUGUUCCUUUGAAGCCUGAUCAUAUUUGUUGCGGCAUCUGUGCAAAAUUGAACACCUGCAGUCAUACUGCUUACUCAUAUUUUAAGUUUUGCAUAUAAUAAGUAGUUCCCCUAAAAAUCAAACUGAUAACAUAUAUGCUUGGUUUGAAAAACUUCACUUAUUGUAAUGCUAUCAACAAACUACACUGCCAUUAUUUAAACAUAUGCUACAAUCCAAUACAUUACUCGUUAGCCAUUAAACAAGCAUUAAAUUUCUACAAGCAAGUAUAAAACAAGCAUUAAACUUGCAACUGUGCACUAGAUGAUGAGCUGCAUAACUUUACCAGUACAAUGGAACUUCUUCCUUCACGAUGGAAUGAAUGUACCUGUACCUGUAGAAUUUCAGCCUGACUAUUUUUCAUCUUGUUAAAUUAAUACUAGUUUUUUACAGACUGUAUUAAUACAGGUUCCAUAUCUACUAAAACAGUUUGUUUGC